UGGGCCCAUUUCUGCCAUGGCCAAGAACCAGCACCCACCUCAACCCCUCACACCAUCAUUACCAUCCAAGAAAGAAUUCUCUCUUACUCUUCCCCUCAUUCUUCAACAACAAAUUGUGUUUGGGUUGUACCCAUUCAAUUCAACAGAGUUCCUCCAACAGAACCCUUCUUCAUUCUUCACUUUUGUUUCUUCAUCUUUCUGAAACAAAGACACAAACUUGGUUAUGGUGAUGGGUGGUUGGUGAGGAAAGUGGGCUUUGAGUUGUUUCUGGUUUGGGAAGAUGGGGAAUUGUUGGUGUAGCUGGUGGGGGGAGCCUUCAGUCCACAGAGUUUCAUCCAAUGCUAAGUCAGAAUCCCCAAAAGACCAGAGCCCCUCAAUGAAGCCUAGGGAGGAUGAUAGUAAAUUACCUUCAAAUCCUGAAGAAGUUGAGAUCCUACGUCGUGAUUCGGCUGCAAAUCCAUUGAUCGCAUUCACAUUUAAUGAGCUAAAGAUAAUCACUGCAAACUUUAGGCAAGAUCGUCUGUUGGGUGGCGGAGGAUUUGGAAGUGUUUAUAAGGGUUUCAUAACGGAGGAUUUAAGAGAGGGACUGUCUCACCUUCCAGUUGCCGUCAAGGUUCAUGACGGUGAUAAUAGUUAUCAAGGACACAGAGAAUGGCUGGCGGAAGUCAUAUUUUUGGGGCAGCUUUCUCAUCCAAAUUUGGUAAAACUCAUUGGAUAUUGCUGUGAGGACCAGCAGCGGGUGCUGAUAUAUGAGUACAUGGCUCGGGGUAGUGUGGAAAACAAUUUAUUUUCAAGAGUGCUGCUUCCUUUGCCUUGGUCCAUAAGGAUGAAAAUUGCGUUUGGUGCAGCUAAGGGGCUUGCCUUUCUCCAUGAUGCAGAGAAGCCGGUCAUCUAUCGUGAUUUUAAAACGUCUAAUAUCCUGCUGGAUCUGGAGUACAAUGCAAAGCUUUCUGACUUUGGCCUUGCAAAAGAUGGACCAGUUGGGGACAAAUCUCAUGUUUCUACACGCAUAAUGGGGACAUAUGGAUAUGCUGCACCUGAGUAUAUCUUGACCGGCCAUCUUACUCCUAGAAGUGAUGUUUAUAGCUUUGGUGUAGUUCUACUAGAACUUCUGACUGGAAGAAAAUCUUUAGACAAGUCACGGCCAGCUCGAGAGCAAAACCUUACUGAUUGGGCUCUGCCCAUGCUCAAAGAGAAGAAGAAGUUGCUCAACAUCAUUGAUCCAAGACUAGAAGGAGAAUAUCCAAUUAAAGGAGUGCACAAGGCUGCCAUGCUCGUCUACCAUUGUUUGAACCGGAACCCAAAAGCUAGGCCUCUAAUGCGCGAUAUUGUAGAUUCUUUGGAGCCUCUGCAGGGCAGUGAUGAAGUUUCUGCUGAAAAAACUAUAACAGAGAUUAUUCAGUUCCCGGAUGGUGAAAUUAAAAGAAAAGAAGAAUUGCUGUAACUGACUGGAGUCGUCAGUUUAUUUACAUAAAAGUUUUUACAGGCUAGAUGGUUUUAUGUGCACCCGAAGAAGUAUACGGCUUUUGGUCCUUGGUAAAAACAUGGUUUUGUGAUGAUAACUUGCAAUUGAAAUAUUGUAAGUUGGCGUAUAUAUGAAUCGAAAAGCUGAUGUUUGUUUUGUAGAUGAUAUAUUUAGCUGCCACUGACUAGCACUCGGCUUGCUUAAAUUGUUAUAUGGAGUUUGAUCCAAUAUGAGUUGAAAUUAUGGCCUUAGUACA